AUGUGGUCAAACAGAGCUGUGAGCAAUUUACAAAAGACGUAUGACGAAAGCUAUCUGAAGUGCUCAACCGCCGUCUACUACGAAGGCCAAAGCGAUGAAACAGAGGCUAUGCGUUACUGGAGGUCGGCAUUGGAUUUGAUCACGCAAAACACCUCGGGCAAAUCGAGUUACUCGCCCAGAACUGAGACCGAGAGGACCCUAACAGAGAGCCUCAAGACUCUAGAAAUACAAUGCAAAGAAAGAAUUGAUCUGCUAGAGGCAUUGAGGAUCUCGAGGGAAGCCGACUCCGCUCCACGCAGUGCAUCGCCGCGUGAUGCCAGCAGUCACACUGCCCCAGAUACUUUAGAAAAAGGCUGGAUAGGCGGCGGUACCAUCCCUGCAGUGGCAUACCAAGAUCUCUCUCGUCCUACUUUACCACCGCGCCCCUCGAUGAUGUCGCGGACAUCGUCUGAGCUCGCCGUAGUUGGGCGGAACUUGGGCAAUGUCAAUCUUGGCACGGCCGCUUCCUCUUCUAAAACACAGCCACCAUUGCCACCCUAUGCUGCAGCCACGGGCUCAACGAAGAAAGGCUCUAGAUCUCCAAGUCCCGAUAAGCGGACCAUGAGGACAACUCUGCGGUCGAGUAAAGGGAGUAAGCCGAUCAAGAAGGACCGACGUUCUUCUUCGAAAACCGCAGAACCACCUGGCGCAAGUAAAGCAGCAACAUUGGCUUGGUCCAGCAUUGUUGCAAGAGAUAACGUAAGCAGACCGUCACUGCCAGAUACGUCUACUACCCCCUCGAAAACAUCAUACUCGUCUCCAAAUCACUGGGAUAGCCACAGCCGCAGGCUCGUCACCUCUCCGGAUACCAACAGUAUGCAAUCAUCCCAUUUGGAAGCAUCCUCAACGAAGCACAUUGAUGACUAUACUGAUCCUGGUCCCUCGCCUCUUGCUGUCGGUGCGGCAUCUAGCGCACUCAGCUACUUGUCGGCGCAUGAUAGAGUGGAGUCCAGUCCUGGAAAUUCACGACAUGACCGGUCGGCCAAGUCAAAGAACAGCUCAUCCGCCGCCCAAGAUGUGCUUCGCAACCCUGCAUCGUCCCCGGCGGAACUGCCUAGCUCUGGUCGAAGCUCGAGUGAUUUGCCAGGAAGGAGGAAACCAAUCGGUCACGGGACGCCACCCAAUAGUGCUGCGAAACGUACCACUCGUGCAGCCCGUGAAGUGCGAGAAGCCAGCCCCCUCAACUCUUCAGGAUCAUCGGAUGAAGCACCCUCAAGCCAACCCUUGCGUCGUACCAGGAGGAAAAAGCACGAGGAAAACCACAUUCCUGCAGAGUUAGCUCACUCGGGCGAUUCGGGCGACGACAAAGAGGAAAAGAAAUCGAAAAGUGCAUGGGAAAAGAAGAAGCGAGCGAUUCUUAAGAAAUUACCUCCCGGUGUCGACAGUGCUGCUGCCAAAGCCAUAUUCAACGAGAUCGUGGUACAGGGUGAUGAAGUGCAUUGGAGCGACGUGGCCGGACUGGACGUUGCCAAGAAUGCUCUACGCGAAGCUGUCGUGUAUCCAUUUCUGCGACCUGAUCUCUUCAUGGGCCUCCGCGAGCCAGCCAGGGGCAUGCUUCUGUUUGGACCACCAGGGACGGGCAAGACAAUGCUCGCCAGGGCUGUGGCAACCGAGUCCAAAUCAACCUUCUUUUCUAUUUCCGCUAGUAGCUUGACAAGCAAAUAUCUGGGUGAGUCGGAAAAGCUAGUCCGGGCUCUCUUUUCUCUCGCAAAAGCCAUGGCGCCGAGUAUCAUCUUUGUCGAUGAGAUCGAUUCGUUGCUCUCGCAACGAUCAGGUUCAGGGGAGCACGAAGCAACUCGAAGGAUCAAGACAGAGUUCCUCAUACAGUGGAGCGACCUGCAGAGGGCUGCAGCAGGCCGGGAAAGUCCUGGAGGGAGUAGGGACGUGCCUGGCGAUGCUAAUCGAGUCUUGGUCCUUGCGGCAACGAACUUGCCCUGGGCCAUUGACGAGGCAGCAAGACGCAGAUUCGUGCGGCGACAAUACAUACCCCUACCGGAGCCCGAGACGAGAGCAACCCAAUUAAGGACGCUGCUCGGUCAGCAAAAUCAUAGUCUGACUGCAGACGACAUGGCUGAAUUGGUCGCCUUGACUGAUGGCUUCUCCGGCUCUGAUAUCACUGCACUCGCCAAGGACGCUGCCAUGGGCCCGCUCCGGUCGUUGGGCGAAGCAUUGCUACACAUGACCAUGGAUCAAAUACGGCCAAUAGAGCUCAUUGAUUUCAAGGCCAGUCUUGGUACAAUUCGCCCGAGCGUGAGCAAGGAAGGUUUGAAAGAGUACGAGGACUGGGCUAAGCAGUUUGGUGAGCGUGGUGGUUAA